AUGGCGGCAGAGGCAACAGACACAGCCCAGGCCCCGUCCCCAGUCCAAGCCCCGGCCUCACCCCCAUCCUCGUCCCCGUCCCUGGCCGCAACCCUCUCUGAGGACUCAGCCCAUGACUCGGCUCCGGACCCCGCGACGCUGCCGCUGCCGCAGCUCCGCACCCUGCUGCAGGACCUCAGCCAUGCCAUCGCCUUGCACAAGGUCGAGAUGGAAAUGCUGGAGAAAUGGUACCGCAGGCUGGAGCCGCAGAGCCAGUCGCUGCACCUGCUCUCGGACAAGCGGGACUCCUCGCCGGAGGCGAUGCAGGUACCGCCGCCGAGCCCGGGCAGCAGCCGCAUCUGCGGAUACCCCUAUUCCCACGUCUGCCUCCCCGUGGGACCAAAACUCGCCCUUGGCCAUGAUUUUCGCCUUCACUUCGGCCUCCCCCAUGUCAAAGCAGAUGUGGCAGGCGGCGCACGUGGCAGGUUCAAAUCCAAGUCGCGUGCUCCAACAGACCGUUUUGUAGGCCUGACAGUGGAGCAGAAAUGUGAGCUGGUGGAGCGAGAGCUGGAGGAGACAAAGGAUGAGAUCCAGAAGAUACAGGAGGAAUCUGAGCAGACCCUGCGGGACCUUGAGGCAGCCAUGGAAGAAGCAGAUAUUUGGUGGGCUGAGGUUAAAAAAGCCAUCAGUGACUUCGACAAAGAAGUCAGCAUCCUCUCCCAGAAGAAAGGUGGUACCAUGGCUUCCGAGAAGCUGCUGAGAUACCUGGAGGAGAGGAGCCAUCAGAGGGAUCUGCUGAAAGAAAAGUUACGCUUGAAAAAUGAUUCACUCAGGAGUUACAAGAAAAAGCUGCAGCAACAGCUCAGGCAGAAGGAGCAGAUGGGAGAGACGCUCCGUGAGGUCCGUUUCGAGCAGCUGCAGAUUAGAAACAUGCAGUACCAGGAGAAGAUUGAGGAGAAGAAUGAGGAGCUGCUGCAGCUAAAACUGACCUCAGGAAAGACUGUCCAGGCCCUCAACUUCCAUAAAAGGAGGCUGCAGGAUGCCAUGGAAACAUCAGUGUGCCUGAUGAAAGACAUCUCCCAGAGGAAGGAGCUGCUGGAGAAGAUUGAAAGAGAAACCAUUCUGGCGGAGGAGGAACGAGCCAAAGCUGAGAGCCUGAACAAGCAGCUGCGGAGGCAGCUCUCCGAUUACCGAGUUCCCCCUGUUCUGAGGUACGUGCAGGAGAAGAUGGCCAUUAGUGACCUCCAAACCAGCCUCAAGGCUUGGGAGAGGAAGGUGUCAAUCGCUGAGAUGUCCUUGCAAAGCUACCGCAGAGCAUGGAACCGGGUCAAGAUGACCAGUAAGCAGCACUAG